UGGCGCACCGUGUUACGUCACAGAACCCGGAACAAACAUGGAAGGCGAGAGUGCAGGGGAUGCUUCAGGGGCUUCAGCUUCGCCGAAACCCCUCACAGCUGCUCAAAAACAGCUCGUUAAAAGACAGCAGGAACUCGAACAUUGGAAGAUCCAAUCAAAACGACUGAGAAGCCGCAAUUUGAUCACGGGCCUUGCCAUCGGAGCUUUUGUGGUGGGCUUGUUCAGUUACACCAUUCUCUCAGUGAAGCAGGAGAGAAUCAUGGAUGAGAUUGAUGACGAGGCAAAGGUCUUCAUCAUGAAAGGGCCCCGGACAGGGGCUAACUCUUAGACCCUUUUAUUUCACUGAUACCUGGUUGUCAUUCACUCUCAGUGGUAUUGCAGUAGACUUUUUGCUGAGGACAUUUUAACAUCAUUACAAUAUGUUAUGGUUUGAGACUGUGGAUCUAUUUAUGAUUUAUUUUUUUUCCCAAAGUCAGAACCAUUGUAGAACAGUAAAUUGUAUUUCAGGAGUAUGUUGUUUCAUUCAGGAAUGGUAUCAAUAAUUAUUAUUUUAAUCAUCCCUUGAUUCUUUCAUAUGUUCAUUUCUAUGGCUUUCAUUAAAAAAACAUUUUGAGAUACAGGAA